AUGGCUGCUAGACUCAAUCCUUUACUUCCUAAAAUUAUUUCAGAUAAUCAGAGUGGAUUCACCAAGGGCAGGUCGAUCACUAAAAAUAUUUUAUUAGCUCAAGAGAAUAUUCACUCCAUUGAUAAAAAGAAAUUAGGAGAUUUCAGAGGCUUCAGCAUGCCACCUCAAGGACCUAUUACACAUUUAGCAUAUGCAUAUGAUGUUAUGAUAUUCUCUUCAGAGAGUAAGAAAUCACUUGAGUUGAUUCUUCAUCAGCUUAAGAAUUAUGAAAAAUGCUGUGGACAACUCAUCAACAAGGAGAAAAUUUAUUUUUUGGUUGCUCCUAAAACUAGCAGUUUGAAUAUACAAAGGAUUAAGAGUAUCACAGGCAGAAAAUAUGCUACCUUUAAUGAUAUGGUCAACAAAAUUGUCAGAAAAAUCACUGGAUGGCAAGGUAAAUUAUUGUCUAUUGGAGGCAGGAAUAUUCUGAUAAAGCAUGUUCUUCAAUCACAACCUAUACACUUGCUUGUUGCUAUUGAACCUUCAAAAACAGUUUUCGAAGAUAUUGAGACCUAUAUGGCUAGGUUUUUUUGGGGUACUACUGAGGGUAAAAAGAGAUACCAUUGGAGCUCAUGGUAG